GGCAAGGUUUCAUUGGAACAGAAACAUUCUUUGAAUUGAUGACGUCUAAACUCGCUUUCGCAAGGUAUUCUUGAAGCAAGUUUACCUAUCUAACCAAUGAAUUUCGAAACCCAUAUUUGCUAUCUCCAUCAAUCCGUGAUGUGAGUUUACCUCUGAUAUACCAAGAUGAUAUGCUUCAAUCCUGUUUCAACGGCGAACAAGCCAUCUGCUUCAUCAAAGGCAUCUACGGUACCCAAGGCACUCAUGCCACCUGAGGUAUCCAAGGCAUCUACUACCCCAAAGAAAUCCAAGGCAUCGAAGGUAUCGGCUUUCGCACAGGAGCCCGAGGAAUCAGAGGAGGAACAUGUCCAGGAAAUCGAGGAUCUGAAUAUUCCCGAACCUCCUCCCCCAAGAGCGGGAACCAAGAGAAAGUCUCGCAAUGAUUCCGAUUUUGAAAAACUCAAAAGCCAGUUUUUAAAGUUGACACCUGAGAAAAUGAAUGAAUUAUUGCAGGACACAAAGGCAAUUGAACAGUUCACCCAAGUUAAGAAAGAUAUUGGACUGAAAAUCAAGAAAUCAUUAGACAAAUACGAGGAUGGAAAGUGGGUCGCUAAAGUCGAACCAGGAAGUUCUCCUGCUAAGAAGAGAAAAACUUCCAAGGCGUUGACACGCAAACAACGACCCGCGGUAUCCAAAGAAAUCAUCAUGGAUAGCUAGGAAUCAUCAGAGGACUUCGAUUCUGAUGAAGAAGAUAUUCCCGAAGUGACAGAAUAACUCCUUCGUACUCGACUGCA